UCAGCAGCAACAAUGGGAUGCUUUGGGUUCCUCAAAGUCAUGAUGUUUAUUUUCAAUGGCGUCAUCUUUGUAAGUUGAAAAAGCUUUAUUGUCCCACUGUUUACAUGGUGUAAAUUGGUUGGAGGACCAGAGAUCUCUACACUCCAACCAAAAGUUCAGUCAAGUUCAGUCUUUUCUUUUUAACAACAGGUUAAUUUGUUUGUCGAAUUUCAGGUUCCAGGUUUUUAUUUACAAUUGGCUGAGUGCAAGAGGCAAGAGUUCCUAGUUUAAAGUCGGUACCACCUGGGAUAAAAUGCGAAACAAAAAUAAUACAUUCAGUCUCAGUUUCACUGAGACAAAAAAGGUUUUGAGACAACCAGGUUUUAAUGUCACUCAGGCAAUCAAAAGGCUGGAAACUCCCUUGUUACAUCUCAGUGACAAAUACGUUUGUACAUCAUCUGCAUAGCAGUGGAAAGACGCGUUAUAUUUACUAAUAAUAAACGCCAGCACACGCAUAUACAAAGAGAAGAACGGGGCCAAGAAUGGAACCUUGUUGCACACCAUAUGAAAGCAGGCAUGAGAAAAAAAAUAUCCCCAAGCAUGAAACCCCUAUUAGAUAAAUAUGACUGAAACUGUUUUAAAAUAGUAUCCUGGAUCCCUACAGAUGUGCCAAACAAGAGGACUGUAUGAUCCACAGUGUCAAAGGCAGCUGUAAGGUCUAAAAGAGCCAACAUAGCAGGACAUCUGGCAUCAAUAGAUAAAAGAAUAUCAUUAUAAACCUUAGGAGUGCUGAUUCAGUGCUGUGCCGGGAUCUAAACCCAGACUGAAAUUUCUCAAAAAUGAAACGAUCCUGUAAAAAUGCCUGUAGCUGAUUAAAAACUAUUUUCUCUAAAACCUUUGAGAGGAAAAAGAGCUGGGGCACAGUCUUAAAUUAGACAACACCGAGGGGCCCAAAUUAGGUCGAGAUAUUCUGACUUUUGGUAACUAACAGGGUCAAGCUACAAACAUGCUGCAGCCUACAAUUCCCAUGAUGCAUCUCACCUGUCCUUAGACCCAACGUGGAUUAAGAAGGAGAGUGACGAUUCUCUAACGACAGUUUAUUGAUAGUAAUGGCAGAUCAUGGGAAUGUUGAAUAGUUGCAAACAUUAGCAGUGGUGCCAGAGAGUUACACUGACUUCUGAAGUAAGGAGCCAAAAUCAAUAGCAGGAAUUAUAAUUGUGACAUUUUAAGUUAGUGACAUGUUUUAAAACACAUUUCACAAUCUUUGUGACUAUCUCUCUCAAAUAUUGGGUCACUUUAAUACUUUGGGUACCUAGCUAAGUAGUUACAUGAGCUGAUAACAACAGAACACUGAAUUAGUUUGCAAGGCAGUAACUUCUGAUGCCCCCAGAAAACAGCAGUUAUUAAUUGACUGGAACUAUUGGAAGCUAAAUGAGUCACAUGACCUGCUGCCAUUUUUGACCCCUCAGUGUUGCAACUCUUCAGACUUAAUGGCUCUGCUUAGAGCCUUCCUGCUACAUAAAGGUUCAAGGAUACUUCUCGGUUCCCUUAAUUGCAGAGACAUUGCCCUCACUUGUAUCUUUUCCUUGUCACUUAGUCCUGCCCCCAUAGCAUGUGAGGUGAGAAGAAUUAAUGGUUCCUCAAUCCUCACUCAACCUGGAAGUCAUUCCCCUCGACCGAGGACCGAGGACGUUCCAAGCUUUUGGAGGAGCUAUGAGUGAGGAAGCACCAGACCAUCCUUCACUGAAGGCUUUUAUGGACCGACACACCCCUUUAUUGGAAAUCAGUUGAUGAUUGGACACUUCAGAAGAAGGCUCAUGUUGUUAAUAACAUGUUUCCUCAGUCCUCUCUCCUGGGUUUUUUUGCUAGGAUCUUAGGUGGACACAGGGGAAAGAUGCAAGUGAGGGAAAUGAUGGCCCACAAAAGAAACUUGAGACACGCCCACAGACAUGAACCAUCCUUUCCUCCAGUCCAUCUUCUGAAUUGUUCAAUCACCAUAUGGUUUUUGAUAAAGGGGCAAUGGUCCAUAAAAGACUUGUGUGAAGGAUGCUUUUGUGCAUCCUCGCUCAUGGCAGCCUCCUCGCUUUUCAGAGCUUUGGGACGUCCUUCAUGAUGGCAGACUGGAACAACUUCUGGCUCAAGCAAGGACUGAGGAGCGAUCACAUAUGUCAUAUGUCAAACGGUUGCCGUGUCCCUGUAAUGCUGAAAACAAACCCUUCCUGUGCCCUCUUUUCACUGCCACUCUCCCUCAGCUGGCGGGUGCUGCCAUCCUGGGUGUCGGGAUCUGGGUGAAGGUGGACAGUGGCUCCAUCCUCAGCUUCUUGGGGAAGAUAGACAAUGCUCCUCCAGAGCUGGGCCAGGUGCUGCAGGUGGGCUACCUGCUGAUCGCAAUCGGAGCAGUGCUGCUCAUCAUCGGCUUCCUAGGCUGCUGUGGUGCGGUCAGAGAGAGCCGCUGUAUGCUGCUGCUGUUUUUUAUCAUCGUCCUGCUGGUCUUCAUCGCCGAGGUUGCAGGAGCAGUGGUGAUCCUGGUCUUCAGACCCUUGGCAGACCAGCUGUUCAACAAGAUUGGCAAGGCAGCAGUUCAGAACAUCAAGAAGGACUAUGGGGGAAAUGCGGACACCACAGCCCUGUGGAACAGCACGAUGAACUCGUUAAAGUGCUGUGGUUUCUACAACGCCUCAGACUUCGUGGGCUCUCCCUACUAUGUGAAUCACAGCAGUCAGUUCCCACCACAGUGCUGUCCGAAUGUCAUUCACCCCUGUAAUGCAGCGGCAGCCAUCAAUGGCACGAUGAGCCCUGGUUGCUUCCCAAAGAUCAAGCAGCUGGUCAACGACAACACGGUGGUCAUUGUGGCAGUGGCGCUGGGGAUCGCAGCUCUGGAGAUUUGUGCCAUGGUCGUCUCCAUGAUCCUUUACUGCAAAAUAAAAUCCACAAUGGCCUAAAUGACGAAGCCUCAGAAGGAUCACUGUAAUCACUGGAGCUUUUUAAUUCCUGUUUCGCCUCUAGAAGAGUGAAGGGCCUUUAUCACCUUUAUCCUGCAACAUGCAUCAUCACUGAAGACUGUUCUUGUGCAAUCAGAAUAACAAAUGUAUUUUUUACUACAGUUAAAUUUUUCUAAUAAAUGAAUGUACAGUAACUUUAUUGAGCAGGCUACACACGCUGUCUGCUUCAGCAACGCUUGGCUGGUUAAAGAGGAGUUGCGUGAAAACUGUUCACUGUGACGAUGAGACCAAGGCUGGACCAGUGUUGUUGCCAUAGUACAACUUAUAAAUGGCAGCAGAAGUGAUGCAUUAUUUGUACAUGUGUUGUGUACUGAUUGAUUUAGAAAUA